UUACUAAUUAAAAUAAUUUGUGUUUCAGAUCGCCGAAAAAUUUAAAGGAUUUCACGUUUAUAAAACUAAAAUCCGCCAUUUUAGGCUGCCAAGGGUGCCAUUUUGUCGCUAGUCUUAAAAAUUAUAAUCUAAAGCUUAUUUUCCACCAAAAAACUAAUCUUAACAGUAAAAUAAUGUAAAUAAUAAAAGUUAUAUUCAGUAGAUGCUAAUACUAACAAUUAAGUACGACACUAAAGACCCGCUUUUUUUGGUGAAGUACGAAAACCUUAUGCCGAACGAAGAGUUCCUAAAAAUCUCAAACACACUGUUGGCAUGCAUGAACCCGAAUUGCGACAAGAUGUUCAAGAACAUCGGAGCUCGACAAGUUCACAUGAAGUCCUGUAACAAGCCCCCGAGGUUCAAAUGCGGCCACUGCGACUUCCAUUCUACCACAAAAAAAAACGUCAGGCUUCACUCUGUCGCUAAACAUAGGAAGCAAAAGACGGAAAUUAUUGAACUUCAUGAUCCUAAUUUAAGAAGAAGCAGCUUUCCUUGUCCCAAUGCUGUUUGCAAUAAAACUUUUGACACUCAAGAAAGAGUUACUUUUCAUAUUAAAUAUCGCUGCUGCAAAUCUCCGAGGUUCAAGUGCUUCUAUUGCGACUUUAAAAGUUAUUAUAAGUAUGAAGUUAAACUUCACAAUAAUUCCAAGCACGCGGAUCGGCAGUUUCAUGUUAUUAAAAUUGAGGAAUAAUUUUUUUUUGUCUUUAUAUUUUCAUUCUUCAUUGAUAUUUAUUUCUUCUUUCAUUUUUCAUUUUGGUUUAGGGAUUAGAUUUUAAGAUUUAGAUAUUAUCCACCCCAGUGAUGUUUAAAAUUAUUAAAUAUAUAUUUAGAAAAUAU